AUGGCUCGGCUCAGGGACUCGCGCUCACCAAGUCCUGCAGGAAGCUCAAGAAGAAUCCGUCGAGAUGACGACAGGCGGGAUCGAGACCGCGACCGCGACCGCGACCGUGACUGGGACCGCCGCCGUCGCAGGUCGCGGACUCCUCCCGAUGUCAGGCGCCGCUACGACCGGGACAGAGAAUAUGACCGUCGCCGUGACCGUUCUAUAGACCGAAGAGACAGACGAAGGUCGCGUGACCGUUUUGACGACCGGGACCGCGCUGAAAGGGACAGGCCCCGGGACCGCGCUGAAAGGGACAGGCCCCGGGACCGCGACCGCGACCGCGACCGUCGUGACCGCGAGCCGGACAACAGACGAAGGCGCGACGACUCUCGUGACCCCCGCCGCCGGGAAGGGACGGCCGACUCCCACCGGUCUGCGCAGGCCGAUGGCAAGGCCAAGGCUGUAGAGGUACGUACCGCUGGCCGAAAAGCUCAUGCAGAUAUUCACAAUCGUUUCCAGGAACCCAAGCCGAAGCCAGCGCCGAGUGCGGCCCAGUCAGACGCCGACAAGAAAGCCGAGCGCCUGGCCAAGCUAGCAGCAUGGAAGAAGAAGCAGGAGGAGAAGGAGAAGGCCAAAGAGGCCACCCCUGGUGGAACCAGAAAACUCCUAGCUGAAAUGGAUGAAAAGGCUAAUGGCUCAGCAACGGCAUCACCAACUGUAGCUUCUCCUGCGCCUGCGCUUGCACCUGCGGCAGCCGCGUCUCCAGACACGGCUAUAUCGUCGCCGGGUACUCCCUACGCCGGCAAGUUUGAUCCCAAAGCCAUCGCCAAGAAGUCUGCUCGCGCGCAUUCCCCAGGGGCGGCUCCCAAGCUGGGCGCCAUUACCAUUGCCGCGCAGCCCCCGCCCAAGGUUGCAAACCCCAUCACUGGGCCUUCGAAGGCAUCCGCGCUGCCGCAGACCAAGACUAGUGGUUUUGGUUUCCACAAGCAGAACGCCGACAGCGACAAGGCGCCCCAGAAGCGAAAACUCAUACUCGAUGAGGAUGAGACCUCUGAUAGGAAACUCGCCAAACUUCCAUCGCUACCCCUUCCAGAUGUCGACGACACGCCCUACGAGAACCAGGACGACGAAGAGGAAGAUGCCGACAACUUUAUGGGCGACGAGGAGGAAGAGGCUGCUGCCGCCCGCGCCGCCCAGGAACGUCGCGAGGAACGAAUGGCGCAAGAAAACGCACAGCAGAGUACCGCGAUGGAUGUCGACGAGACCAAGGACGGAGCUUCUACGACCGUCAACGGUACUCAGCCUGAAGAGGCCAGUGCGGAUACCAUGGACGUGGACGAGGAAGACGAAGAAGAUCCUCUCGACGCGUUCAUGAAUGAUCUCGAGUCGAAGCCAGUCCCCAAGCCCAAACCGAAGACGAACGGCACCAAGCUCGAGCAGGAGCCCGAAGCGUACUUUAGCGACGAUGACUAUGACUACGAUAAGAAAGUAGACGAGCCAGACAUCCUUUCCUCGGUAGCCAAAGCGCGUAAGAAGAAGGACAUCCCGACCAUCGACUACAGCAAGUUGGACCUGGCACCCCUGCGGAAGAACUUCUGGGUCGAACCUGCUGAGUUGUCAGAGAUGACCGAGGCUGAGCUGGUGGACCUGAGGCUUGAGCUCGAUGGCAUCAAAGUAUCUGGCAAAGAUGUCCCCAAGCCCGUUCAGAAAUGGUCGCAGUGUGCCUUGUCGCGAACGACCCUCGACAUCAUCGAUAGUUUGGGUUUCGACAAGCCAACACCAAUCCAGAUGCAGGCUUUCCCCGCCAUCAUGUCCGGUCGAGAUAUCAUUGGCAUGGCGAAAACGGGCUCCGGUAAGACGGUAGCCUUCCUCUUACCGAUGUUUAGACACAUCAAGGACCAAGAGCCAUUGAAGGAGAAUGACGGGCCGAUUGCUCUGAUCAUGACCCCGACCCGAGAAUUGGCGACUCAGAUCCAUCGUGACUGUAAGCCCUUCCUCAAAUCAAUGAAUCUCCGAGCUGUCUGUGCCUACGGAGGCGCACCGAUCAAGGACCACAUCGCCGAACUGAAGCGAGGCGCCGAGAUUGUCGUGUGUACGCCAGGACGAAUGAUUGAUCUGCUUGCUGCAAACCAGGGACGAGUCACAAACCUAAAGAGAGUCACGUAUGUGGUUCUUGACGAGGCAGAUCGAAUGUUUGAUAUGGGUUUCGAGCCCCAGGUCAUGAAGAUUCUCAACAACAUGCGACCAGAUCGUCAGAACAUCCUGUUCUCGGCGACCAUGCCCCGUAUCAUGGAUGCCCUGGCCAAGAAGAUUUUGAAGAACCCCAUCGAGAUCACCGUGGGCGGCAAGAGUGUCGUGGCCCCUGAGAUCACCCAGAUUGUGGAGAUCAGGGAGGAAGACAAGAAGUUUGUCAGGCUAUUGGAGCUUCUGGGAGAGCUAUACGACAAGGACGAGGACGCAAGAAGUUUGAUAUUUGUGGAGCGGCAGGAGAAGGCUGACAAGCUCCUCAAAGAACUGAUGCAAAAGGGUUAUCCUUGCAUGUCAAUCCACGGCGGCAAGGACCAGGUCGAUCGUGACCAGACCAUCUCGGAUUUCAAGGCCGGUGUGAUCCCCAUCAUGAUUGCGACCUCAGUGGCUGCACGCGGGCUUGACGUCAAGCAGCUGAAGUUGGUAGUCAACUACGAUACACCUAACCAUCUUGAGGACUACGUGCACCGCGCUGGACGUACAGGACGAGCUGGUAACACCGGUACCGCGGUGACGUUUGUCACCAGCGACCAGGAGAACAGCGCCUUCUGCAUCGCGAAAGCUCUUGAACAGAGUGGCCAACCCGUGCCGGAGGAGAUCAAGGCUAUGCAGAAAUCCUUCCAGGAGAAACUCAAGGCUGGAAAAGCCCGAGACUCGUCAGGCUUUGGUGGUAAAGGUCUGGAUCGGCUUGACCAGGAGAGAGAAGCGGCACGGCUCCGAGAGCGUAAAACCCAUCGCACCGAAGGUGACGAGGAGGAAGAAACCGAGGAGAAGAAAGAUGGGGACGAAAAGAAGGACAAGGCCCUCUCCGCAAUCCAAUCAGCUGCCUCCGCUGUGUCGUCUCGCGAUGCUGCCCCAGCGGCGCCACCGCAGCCCGACCUCGAACCCAAAUUCACAAUUCACAAGCGUGAGGAUCCGCCCCCAGGCAAAGCCAACAAUCCAUUGGACAAGGUCUCGUCUGCAAGAGAUGCCAUCAAUGCUCGCCUGGGCAAGUCUGGCCAGCUUCGACCUGGCCAGCCUAUCGACAACAAGGGCCCCGACGCUGGUGCUUUCCACGCCACGCUCGAGAUCAACGACUUCCCUCAAAAGGCCCGCUGGGCUGUUACCAACAGGACGAACGUCGCCAAGAUCCUCGAGGCCACAGGGGUCUCCAUCACCACCAAAGGAAACUUUUACCCUGCUGGCAAAGAAGUUCCCGCCGGUAGCGAGCCUAAGCUGUAUAUUUUGGUUGAAGGUGACACCGAGGUGGUCGUCUCUACUGCCAUGACAGAGCUUACCCGACUGCUGAAGCAGGGCACCAUAGCAGCGGCGGAUGCAGAGAGCAGAGCGCCUCUUGGUAGAUAUAAUGUUGUUUAG